CCUCCUGGCCCCCAAUAUUACUCUUAUAUUUAGAAUUGUAUACGGAUUUGGAUCUUCAGAGACGUGAGGGGUUUCUUCACCGACUGCCUUUGUCUUGGCCACAUUGGGCUGAUAAAAAAUCUUUGGACCCUUGCUAUCCACGUUGUCUCAUUCCUAGAUCUCAUUCACUGUUGUGCGAUUAUCAAGCGAGUCAGUUCGAGAGAUAUACGACAUGGGGUUAUUACCUGCCCUGUUGGCGUUGAGUCUUCUCGAGCCCCUUGUCUCGGCUGUCGACUUUACAUCCCAUGUUGAUGUUUUCCAAGGAUCAGAAGGCGGCGGAAAUGAUUUCCCCGGCGUCGCGCGUCCCUUUGGCGUCGUCAAACUCGGUCCCGAUCUGUACGACGGCAAAAGCGACGCGUAUUCCGGCUACCUCAGCAAGGGCAAUUUCUCCGGCUUCAGUCUGAUGCACGAGCAAGGCACAGGAGGAGCACCAAAAUACGGCACCGUCUCACAGCUCCCUCUUGUUGGGAAUAUCAGCCAGCCUCUUUCCAAUCUGACUGUUGCUCGGUCUGGUACGGAUAAUGCGACGGUGGGAUAUUACCACGCUAAAACCGAUGAGCAUGUCACUGUUGAAUUAAGUGCCUCGGCGCAUGCUGGUAUCUAUCGAUAUACAUUCCCCUCGGGAUCGCAGGGAAAUGUGCUGGUUGAUGUCUCGCAUGUUCUGCCCUCGUUUCGAGGAAUGGGUCUUGGGCAGAAUUAUAAGGGGGGUAGCUUUGCUAUCUUGGAGGAUGGCCAUUAUGAGGGCCAUGGUGUUUAUGAUAAUGGCUGGAAUGAGGCCCCAGACUGGACUAUCUAUUUCUGUGGUCACUUUGACACUACUCCCACCAGCAAAAAGGUCUUUACCGGGACCGAUGAGAAAGGCAGUGUGGAACAACCCAGCGGAUCUGCGAAAGCAUCCACUGGAUCAACUCGAGUCGGUGGCUUGUUCUCUUUCAAAGACUCUGACGUCAUCUCUCGCGUGGGUAUAUCUUGGAUCUCAAAGGAAAAGGCCUGCAGCAACGUUCAGGAUGAAAUGCCAAGUGGAACGGAAUUCUCUACCGUUGUUGAGGAUGCCAAAUCCGAAUGGAACUCUAAAGUUCUAUCCAAGAUUACCACGACCAACACGAAUGAGACUAGUUUGUCUUUGCUGUACACAUCACUCUACUUUAUGCAUUUGAUCCCUACAAACCAAACCGGGGAGAAUCCCGGGUGGACAUCUGAUGAACCCUAUUAUCAGGAUAUCUUUACCUUUUGGGAUCUAUUCCGUUGCUCUACCGCCCUCAUGCAAGUUCUGCAGCCGACUGCCUACGAAGAGCAGAUCCGCUCUCUGAUCGACAUCUGGCGGAACGAAGGCUACAUGCCUGAUGCACGUUCUUCCAACUACAACGGUCGUACACAAGGAGGAUCAAACGCAGACAACAUACUCGCCGAUGCGUAUGUCAAGGGUGUGCGUGGUGCCGUCAACUGGGACGACGGGUACAAGGCCAUGGUCAAGGAUGCAGAAGUAGCACCACCCAAUGACCCAGUUGAUCCCAUGGCCCCGGACUCCUCUACCAAGCAGGGACGUAGUGCUCUUCCAGACUGGCUCAGUCUGGGAUUCAUCACCCCCAAGUUCAGCCGCGCAGUCACUCGUGCAGUGGAAUAUUCCUGUAACGACUUUGGUCUGUACCAGGUGGCAUCGGGAUUGGGUAAGAAUGAAGAUGCAGAGAAGUAUCUCAACCGAUCACGAAACUGGCGCAACCACUGGGAUAAGAGCAAAACCUCCUUAGGAUUCUCUGGCUUUGUCGUUCCUCGAAAUGAAUCACAUCUUCUUGACACUGAUCCUGUGAAGGACACUGGCUACUGGGGCGACCCGUACUACGAGGCCAGCUCUUGGGCUUACACGUGGAAUAGCGUUCACGACAUGAAGCACAUGGUUAAUUUAAUGGGAGGUGCUGAGACGGUAAAGAACCGUUUGGACAUUAUGUUCAAAGACGGGGCUACUGGCUCCAGUGGGAUGAUCUUCGAUCCUACAAACGAACCAAUGUUCAACGUCCCAUACCUAUACAACUAUAUCAACCGACAAGACCUAUCCGUCUCUCGAUCCCGAAAAGUCGCAAAGGAAUACUACCGCACCGGAAAGUCUGGACUCCCUGGCAACAGCGACGCAGGCGCCAUGCAGACUUGGCUACUCUGGAACAUGAUCGGUCUAUACCCCAUCACAGGACAGACGACCUUCCUGAUCCAUUCACCCUGGUUCGAGUCGAUGACCAUCGAUCUAGGUGACAACAAAAAGCUGCAUGUCACCUCGACCGGGGGUGACGGAAACGGCGAUAAGGACUUUUACGUUCAGGGUCUCAAGGUGAAUGGAGCAGAGUGGAAGAAGAAUUGGCUAACGUGGGAUGACAUCUUUGCUAAUGGAGGCACGCUCGAGUUCCAGCUUGGAAAGACGGCGGCCAAUUGGACUACGGAAGAGUUGCCUCCGAGUCCUGCAUCGUAGAUUGAGCAUGACUUGUAUAGUGUCUUUGAGUUGUAAAUAUUAUCAGCUGUAUAAUAUGACUGAUUGUCCCUGGCACUAGUCGUUCUAGUUGGCAAGCUCACUUUGGAUGGUUCGGUUCCAGCAUCGUUGUUUCACAUCCAGAUCCACCAUUUUCGGUCCACAUGAAUCUAUCCUUGGAUCACUCCGAUUCACAGAAAUUUAUCGAAUCUAUUUCAAAUUCGUGAUAAGUCUCCGGUUGAUUGAUUUUAUCAUGAGAUUUAAUAACUUUUGACUGCGUUGUAUUUCUC